GCACACACAAAAAAAGAAGUGAAAAGAAAAGACAAAUUGGAGCAUGUCAAUCCAUGAAGCUACCCUUGGCAUACCAAAGCAGGGGUUGAUUACUUAGACAUGUCAGAGUGACCUUCAACAAUGUCCCAGGAAAUACUCAGUCAGGUAAUGGCUCCAGAGGAAACUGAUUCCACUCAUCCAAAGGCAGGGUCCCUACCUCUCCACCGGAACUCUCAGUCUACCGAUAUGACACCCAGGCCACUGUUGCGUCUGCAGAGUAUUGAAGAAGGGAAAGCUCCCUUUCCACCAUCCCGGAGAAGCUCCAUCAUGAGCAUCCUUAAUGCUCCCUUUUCCAGCAGGAGGAACUCACUGGCUACUGGGGGAAGGCGCCUCUCCAUUGGGCCCUGGAUGCAUUGUGGCCGAGUGAGCUUCUCUGGGCUACCACUCUUUGAACCCAUUCGGGAGACGCACUAUGAGAAUACCUACAAGAUGCAGCCAGAUGAAGAUUUCAAGUUUAAUUCUUCCCGGACGCAGCAGGUUCUUGAAUCUGUUCUGGCCAGCUACUUAGGUGAUGCCAAGUACAACCCUGCAAACAGCGGGCAGUUGGCCCAGAACCUGUCUGACCUCAUCCGGAACAGAGUCAAAGACGUAGCCCCACCUCGGUACAAGCUGGUGUGUAAUGUCUUUCUGGGCCAGCAGGCCAACCAAGGUCUGCUCAUUGCCAGCCGGUCCCUCUGGGAUGUGGGGAAUGACAGCUUUGCCUCUGCCACGUUCACCAACUCAUCACUCUUUGCUGUGGCCACAGUACAUGGACUGUAUUUUGAAUGA